GUGGGUAUUAUAUUGUUUAAAUGCUGGCAGUACAGUAGUCUCUCUUCUUCGGUGUGCUGAGAACAGAGGGUUGCAGUACCUGAAUUUCAUUUAGUCUCUGUUUACUUUGGAAAUUGAACAAAGUGAAAUUCACGAGACAGUUCCUUUGUGGUUAGCUAUGAAUCCGUGACAUUGCUGGCUUAUCUUCUGCUUAUCUGAUUUAUUACUAUGUCGUAGUUGAAGGAUUUCGGUGAGGAUUGAGCUCCUUAAAGAUGGAGAAUUCUUAUGAAACAAUGAACAAUUAUAAACCAGCUGAUCCAAGCCUCCAGAUUGUGCAGCACACCUCGUACAAACUCUGCAGCAAAUUGUCAUUGGCUUGGUUUGAUAUUAGAGUGUUCUAUGUUAGAAUCAGCAAUUUCAUGGUUGAUGAUUCAACCCCUGAAUGUGUCUCCCUCAAUUUUAUCCCUUUGGACCCUGACACCCUUCUCGAAGCCAAUGGUGUUAGAUGUAGCAUUUACUCGGAAGGAGUCUCUUGCCUUCUGCGAAGGGAUUGGGUUGAUAAGAAAUCCGAAGAAGCUACAUUUGUUAGCACAGAGACUAUAAGGUUUACAGGGGAUGUGAAAUUUGAGGUUUUUGAAAAGGAGGAUCUUCUCCUCUCCGGGGUUCUGGAGAUGACCAACAGCAAUGGUUUUGUAGGAGAGUCCAAAAAUAAUGUCAGAAAAUGGAGCAUGAAUUGUGAGUCAGUGAUGAGUGCUGGCACUGGAUUUCUGAAGAGAAAACAAAUUGCGGGUUCUGAAUCGUUGUCACCAACCAUAGAAGUUUACAUUGCGGGUUGUUUCUCUGGGACACCUAUCAUCUUGACCAAGAUUGUGCAGCUUAGUUUCCGGAAGAAGCAGAAUAGAAAGGGGAUGUUAGAUCCCAUUCCAGAGUAUGAAGCAACUGAAUCACAUAAAGAUGUUGCAUCAGGACUUGAUCUGCAGGUAGCAGAAUAUAGAAAUGACAGACCACAAAGUGAGAAAGACUACGACAUGUACUGGAGACAGACGGAAUAUAUGGAUGGUGAAGAUGGGGAACUUUCUUGGUUCAAUGCCGGAGUUAGGGUUGGUGUUGGGAUAGGCCUUGGCAUUUGUCUGGGAAUCGGGAUAGGAGCAGGUCUUCUAGUCCGCACAUACCAAACCACCACCCGAAACUUUAAAAGGCGGCUUGCAUGAUUCCUCCUAGCUGGACAUUGUUUUGAUUUACUCUCCAAAUCCAAAGACAAACAACAGUCUCUGAGAUGUCUAACUGCAAAUACUUGGUGGAAGUUCCCUUUUAACAGAGUAAUUCACUUCUUCAGUGUUUUUUUUCUUCUGUUUCUUUGGGUCCUUCCUUUUUAUUCUGUGUUUCGCUGUUUUUGGUAAUAAGGGUGUGAUAGGGUUGGGGUUUCUGCUAUUAGGAAGGAAAAGAAUUGUCACCCUGUAAAUAGUUCUGUUGUUUUGGAAGAAAUGUCCCAAGAUUUUGCUUCAGUGGUUGUGGUACUUGUUGCAAAAACAAAGGAGCUUGAAUGAGUAGGCUUUGCAGUGAUCAU